UGCCAAGGCGGGUGCAGGCUAAGGGGGAGCACAAGCUUGUGGGGGCAGGUUUGUGGGCGAAGGACCGGCUGUUGCACCAGGACACACCUUGGGUAUCUCUCUGCCUAGGAGAAGAAGCGUCCUCAGAAGGACUCUGGCCUGCGGCGAUGGAGAGCGUCUCUUCUUCCCCAUCACCCUUCCCAGGCACUUCCCCCACCGUGCCUCCUGGGAACGCCACUGCCCACGAUCACCACUCCGGCCUCCAGAAGAGCAUGCACGUGCUCUCCAUGGUGGUGUACAGCGUCGCCUGUUUGCUGGGGGUGACGGGCAACGGCCUCGUCAUCUGGAUUGCGGGCUUCAAGAUGAAGAAGACGGUGAACUCGGUGUGGUUCCUCAACCUGGCCAUCGCCGACUUCAUCUUCACCUUCUUCCUGCCCCUCAGCAUCGCCUACACCGCGCUGGGCUUCCACUGGCCCUUUGGGAAGCUCCUGUGCAAGCUGAACAGCACCAUCGCCUUCCUCAACAUGUUUGCCAGCGUCUUCCUCCUGACGGUCAUCAGCAUGGACCGCUGCGUGUCGGUGGCCUUUCCCGUGUGGUCGCACAACCGCAGGAGCCCGGAGCUGGCGGCCAGGAUUGCUGUGGGGACGUGGGUCCUGGCCCUGCUCCUCAGCUCCCCGUACCUCGUCUUCCGUGACACCGUGGUCGGCUCCAGGAACGUCACCAGCUGCUACAAUAAUUUCGCGCUGUCCGAUGACUACACGUCCGAGGCAACGCGGAGGCUGUGGAGGAUGCGGCACAAAGCGAUGAUCAUAACCCGAUUCCUCUGCGGCUUCCUCAUCCCCUUCACGGUGAUUCUCCUCUGCUACAGCAUCGUGGCCGUCAAGCUGAAAAGCAGGCAGUUAGCCGGCUCCGCCAAGCCGUACAGAAUUAUCAUUGCUGUCACGGCCUCGUUUUUCCUCUGUUAUUUCCCCUAUCACGUCUUCUCCCUGCUAGAAAUAUCCCAAAACUCUUCCAGCCACGAGAUGAAGAUGGCCCUUUACAUAGGGAUCCCCUUGGUUUCCAGCCUUGCCUUCUUCAACAGCUGCAUCAACCCCAUCCUGUACGUGUUUGUGGGGCCGGAUUUCAAGGAGAAGUUUCGCCAGUCCAUCCUGUCGACCUUCGAAGGGGCUUUCAGCGAGGACUCGGUCCUGGCCAGCCUGACCAGCAGGAGGAAGUCCAGGUCUGCUUCGGAAGCGGAGGUGCCGAGGGUCUGAGCGUGCCCUGCGUUGCCGGCACGGCUCGAGGGGCAGUUCCCUUCCCUUCUCUGCAGUUUCCCCUCCUUUUGGAGCUGUAAUCACAGGACUGAAGGCUGCGAAGGGCCGUGCACGCUCACAAACUGAUCUGAUUUUUGGGGGGGCAUCUCAGUCCUAUCACGACUUAACCAGAAAGCUGGCUGGAGCUGUGGCAGGGCAGGAAGUUGGAGUAGCAGCAAUUCCUCCCCGUGCCCCUUCCUUGGCUGCCUGUUUCCAUGCACCCAUCUUUUUACUGGGCAUUAAGCCCGUUGGGCUAUGCCCUGCCUUGCUGCGGUGCCCGGCGUCCCUGGGGGCUGUGCUGGGGGGGUGACCACUGGGUGGAUGGUGCUGCCGAUCUGUCCCAGCUUCUGGAUUUUUGCAGGCGACCCUUUAUAAAGCUCUGGGAUUGUGACUGCUGACGGGGCUCCCUUUAUGU